GCCACCGUCUCCUUGGCUGUGUGUCAACACUCUUGGUGGGCCAGCUCCUCUGCGUCGGGAGCGCCAUGCCGACACUCAACGCCAGGUCGCUGAUCUCUCCACUGGGGAUUGUCCGGAUAUUUGAGAUCUUCUUCUCUUGCACGGCCUUCAGCUUGGUGUCUGUCCACAGGAACUAUGCUGGCUCUGAAGGUGCCUGGUCCAUGUUUACCUGGUGCUUCUGUUUCAGCCUCUCCGUCUUCGUUGUGAUCGUGGAGUUCAUCGGCGUGGCCCAGUCUCUGCCUCUGUCCUGGCAGGACUUCACCUCUGCCUUCUCCAUGUUGGCUGCUCUCAUGAUCUUCACCACCUCCAUCCUGUACCCGUCGGUGUUCAUCCCGGAUCGGUGCACGGGUGACUGCGGCUACGAAGGCAUCGCCACCGCUGCGUCUUGCCUCUGCUUCAUCACCUAUGGAAUCGAAGUGAGACUGACUCAGGCCAAAGUCGGAGAAGUCAGCACCUUCCUGGCCACCAUCCCUGGCCUCCUGAAAGUCUUUGAGACCUACCUGGCUUGCCUCAUCUUCUCCUUGGUGGCCAGCUACCAAAUCUAUGCAGAGAAGCCCGGCCUGCAGUGGUGCCUGGCCGUCUACUGCAUCUGCUUCGUCGUCACGUUGCUCAUUGUCAUCCUCACCAUCGGCCGUUGCCUUGCCACCCUGCCCAUCCCCUUGGAGAAAGCUCUGGUGGGCUUCAACACCUUGGCUGUGCUCAUGUACCUCACGGCAGCCGUUGUAUGGCCCAUAUAUGCCUUCGAGGGUUCCUCUAGGCCUUCGACAUGUUUCAGGACUAACCCUCAGUGUAUCAAAUGGAACAAUAAGCUCGGAGUGACCUUUCUGACCAUCUUCAACCUCAUUGCCUACAUUGUGGACCUCGUCUUCUCCACCAAGAUGGUUUUCUUUACCACACCAGCUUAAGCGGGCUCACCUGGGUAGGACCGAAACCACUUAGGAAUGUCGAUUGUGUUCAUAAUGUGUAAGACAGAGAGGCCACCCCAAGAUUUUGCCAGGAUUCUUUUAUUGGGUGGUUUUUGUUUGUUCAUCUCUUUUUAAUAUUAGUUUUCAUUUUAGAACUAUUCCAUGCAUGGGCUGAACCUGUCUUGCCGAACCCUGCUUCCUGAGGGAGCAAACACUACCACCACAUCAUU